UUAAGCUUGUGCAGUGUGCGUCUGGCCUGACGCGGAUUUACAAGACAAUACGUAAUAUGGCUUGGUUGGAAGUGCAGGUGGUACCGGGCGGGGGGAGGGGAAGUGGAGUUGGCACCGCCCGCCGACCACGUGACACAGUACUGGCCCGAUCGCCCUUUCCUCCUGGCCUGUGUGAACCGGCUCAUUUGAAACCUGGCCGUUACGAAGGUCGUCUCAUCAGCUAUCGCGUAGUUUCGACUCGUGUUGUUUACCAUGUCAAACCGUGUCUUGCACAGUGAAGGUUAUCGGUGCAACAGCGGCGGCAUUUACCAUGUGAACGACGGGUAUUAUUAUUUGAGACACAGUGUCGACUUCAACAAGAUCUUUGUCCGCUGUGCCAUGCGCAAAAGCUGUGGAGCGCGGGGUUCCUUGCCGCUGUGCGCACAGGACAGGACUGUGGACAAGUUUGUACGCUCUAAGCCGCACAAUCAUGCACCUGACUUUACGUACCUGGGGGUGUUGUCGUUGCGGAAGGCGAUGUUAAGACGAAGUAGAGAAGAGACCACUGACUACAAGACUAUAUUCAACGAAGAAUGUAACAGCGUUGGCGAAGAAAUAUCAAGUCAGCUGGACUACAAGUCAAUGUCUACCUCUAUGUGGCGGGAACGGCGAUUCGCGAUGAACCGCACCCCUAAAAGCUUAGUUGAUUUUGGAACUACUGUGGAACACUCCAAGUACGCAACAACCUGGGGGAAGACCUCGGAGACGGAGAAGUACUACCCAGGGCACUGUGGUGGAUACUAA